AUGAUUAAAUUAUUUCAAGGAUCUGGAUGUCUGAGAAUCUGCUAUGGGAAACCUGGGGUAGAGCCGGUGAGGAGACCUGGUCUGUUUGAGUGGGGCAGGGGGAGCUGUGAAGGGGCCUCUGUCCCAGCUCAGGGGGGCGAGUGUGACUGCUGGAGUGGCUCCUGGAUGGCUAGACUGGGGAACUGCCCAUUGCCCAUGGAUGCCCUCACUCUUAACUCGCCAGAGUGUCCGGAAGAUGCCAGUGUCAAACAUGGGCACCACAGCCGAGAUGAUGAUGGCAGCGAGCACCACUUUGGGGAUGUAGUAGAAGAGAGGGGGAUAAUUGGGAAGAAGCACGUGGGGCCGGGGGCUGUGUACCCCUUUGACUUUGCCUACAGAGAGGAGAACAGUUUGGUCCUGCAGGCUCGGAGAAACAUCACCCGGAUCAAGGCACUUGUCCGGUGGCUCCUGCAGAGCCAGGACAAGAGGCGAGACUGCCCCCUUGUCCUGGGAAUGGCUUCACUGAAGAUGUGUUCCCAUGGCCCAGCUGGACACAGACAGGAAGGGGCCCCUUGUCCGCCUUUCUUCUUCUAUGUUGUCUUCCAUGACCCUCACCGCUGCAGGCACUCCCAGCCCCAGUAUGGGGCCUUUUGUGAGAAAUUUGGCAAUGGAGAGGGUGGGAUGGGCUGGAUCCCUGACUGGAAGCCACAGAUUUACCACCUGGAGCAAAUGCAGGUGAAUACUUGUGGGUAUGUGUGGGCCUCUAUGGGGUUGCAUAUGAUGGCAGCCUCUGGUGGAGCCAGGGCUGGCCCCACAUUGUCACUGCCCCCAGUAUCACAGCAAGAGCUGGUGAAGGCACAGGAAUCUGUGUCACCCACGUGCCUGUUUCCCUGUCUCUGUUUAGUCCCUGCCUUUGUCCCAGACACACUGGCUGCCCGGGAGGACCUGGCUGCCCAGUACAUGACCAUCGGGUGCAUGGACCAAGGAUCUACGCCUCCGACAACGGCAUCCCCUUCUCCGGGGGCAGGACCAACCUCUGCCGCUCGGGCACCGCCCAGCCGCUGCUCCUCUCCUCCCCCGAGCACCCCAGCGCUGGGGGCAGAUCUGACACCGACCAUUCUGGACUGGUUCUCCAUCCCCUACCCUGCUUACAGCAUCUUUGGCACCAGGCAGGUGCAGCUCUCUGGAAAGUCUCUCUUGCCACCCCUGGAGUCGGAGGAGCCAUGGGCCAACGCCUUCAGCAGCCAGAGUCACCACGAGGUGACCAUGUACUACCCCAUGCGAGCCGUCCAGCACCAGCAGUUCCACCUCAUCCACAACCUCAACUACAAGAUGCGCUUCCCCGUCAACCAGGACUUCUGCAUCUCGCCCACCUUCCAGGACCUGCUGAACCGCACCAAGGCGGGGCAGCCGCACUGGAACAAGAACCUGCAGCAGUACAACUACCGAGCCUGCUGGGAGCUCUUUGACUGCAGCCAUGACCCUGCGGAGAGCCAGAACCUGGCCCCUGACCCACGCUAUGCUGGCAUCCUGCAGCUGCUGUGUGUGCAGCUCCUGAAGUGGCAGUGGGACACGGGUCCCUGGGUGUGCACCCCCGACGCUGUCCUGGAGGAGAAGCUGAGCCCCCAGUGCUGGCUGCUGCACAAUGAGCUGUGAGUGCCACCUGUGCCUGGGACAGUGCUGUGCUCCUGCGGGGCACAAGGGCUCAGAGCAGGACCACAAUGGGCUGGUCCCAAAGCCCAGGUGACACCACGAGGCUCUGCCCUCUGCUGCCAAGACCACCUGGCCCCAGAGCACUGAGGGAUUCCUGGUGCCUUGGCUCUCAGCCAGAGGAGCCGAAGGGCCAAGCUGC